AUGAGUCGAACGGCAAAGGCGCUCUUUGCGGGCUCAGUCCUCUUUUGCGGGGCAUCGAUCUGGGGAGUACACAUGAUCCAGGUUCGUGAACGAGAAACGAUGUUUGCCGGCGUCAUUCGGGAUGAAGAACGACUGGCGGCGAAGCGAGCGCAGAAGGAGCGUCAACUCGAGUUCGAGGACCAGGCGAGGAAGCGGGCGUACCUCGAGCAAGUACAGAGCGUCUCGCAGGCGUCAGUACCACCGCCAGAUGUCAAGGGGGAAGUACCGAAGAGUGCGGACGGGCUCGACUUUGGCUGCAAGACGUGCGAGCGAUGA